AGGAGAGGUGAACAUAGGGUGAGGUAAAGGAAUAGCAGGAGACAGCGGGUACUGAACUUUAUUACGAUUAUUCAUACCAUUCUGGUAUUCUAUGGGAUAAUGUCCACUUUACAGAUAGUUGUUAUCCGCCAUGGCCGGAAGUUGAUCGGCCUCGUUCUGGUGUUAAUGGCGGCAAUUCUAGUCUGGAGUUCCAUAGAUGUUCCGUCCUCAGUUAGCAGGUUUCUCAUUGAGGGUAGAGCUGAUGUCCAGAAGGUUUUUCGGGUCGACAGUCCCAAAAAGGUCCUUAUCGUCGCAUAUUACAGAAGCGGCUCAUCGCUAACCGGAAGUGUGUUCAACGACAACGACGAAGCGUUUUACCUGUUCGAACCACUCUAUUCUCUCUACAGCUUCAAGAAUGAGCUUCGAUACUUCAAUGGCUCAACAAGACCGUGGCCACGCGAUCCCGACAGCCUCCGCAUGACUGCGGUAAACAUAUUGGCGUCCAUUUUUAAGUGUCGCUUGGCGGACGUUGACGUCGUAACUUGGACCAGGAUGAUGUGUCAAAUCGGAACGCGUACAUCGAAGGAAUUUUGUGAAUGUAAAAAAGGGAAAUCCCCACCGGAGAUUCUGCGAGACUGUAUGGCAAAUUACACAGCCAGGUGUGAGAAUGCCAAAUACCGGGUUGUCAAAACAAUCCGGUCAGACAUGGCGGAAGUUAGGUCUCUGCUGAAAAUAGUUCCGGACUUAAAAGUCAUACAUCUGCAGCGUGAUCCCCGCGGAAUGUUGUGCUCAAAAUUAUUUUCUAAACACUGUAGUGUGACCCGUGUCCAAAUCGACCAACUGUGCGACAGACUGACCAUGGAUUUGAGAGACAGACAUUCGCUGGAAAAACACUAUCCUACGAGCUUUAUGCAAGUGAUUUACGAAGACAUUGUGGAGGAUGCCAUUGCCGAGGCAGGCGACAUGUAUAAGUUUGUGGCCGGUAACCUGCCUCAUGCAAUCAAAGCUAUUCUCCAAGACAAAACCAAGUACGGUGGCAAGUAUGACGGUGCUUAUGGUACCUACCGUAAAAACGGCCUACAGACUGCUUAUAAUUGGACAGUGAUGAUUACUUGGAACACGAAUGAAGCCGUCCAAAACUCUUGUUUUGCUGUGUUGAAAAAUGGAAAAUUUCCAAUACUGAAUAACCCAACAGAGCUGCAGAAAUUUAAAAUUCCAGAUCGACGAAAGUUCCGGAAGAACUGACGCUAGUGAUUGUAGUACAAGUACCAAUGUUGUUGACCGCGGAAGGAUUUAACCAGUUUACAGGACGAGAGAGCAGCCAUCCGCAUGUAAGGCGCUAUGACAUAAACCACAUAGCAAAUUAUGGAGAAAGCACCUUUUAAUAAAAAUAAAGCCAACAUCAUUUCAGAUCAACGACAAUUCUGGACUAACUCACACUAAUAAAUACAUAUAUACACAUAUUGAUUGCGUUGGCGGCUCUAUUCCUAAGAAUAAUGUACACAUGCAACUUUUCUUUUUAU